AUGGUCGGUGAGCAAGAGAAUGGAGGUUCGAUAACGAUUGGCAGACCAGACUGCACGCCUACGCUCUCGCUCGACCUCGAUCCACAAUGCAAAGCUCCUGCUUUACCAGAACAAGAACCAGGACCAUCCAACUCAAUAACCUCUACGAAGGACGAAGUCAUCAUUGAAACUAGCGAUGGAGUUUUUACUAAGCCGUUGUCGGUUAGCGUCUGAAUCGCUCUUCUUCCGCGCACUGUUUCACGGUUCCUACUUAGAAUCCAAGUCCAGCCGAGUGAGAUUGACUUGCGUAAACUCGUCCGAUUUCCGGGCGUGUCUUUCACUAACUGCUCAUAUGUACAAUGGCACGACACCAAAGUUCUCAGCAGAAGCUGCAAUGAAUCUGAUGGUAACCGCAUCGUUUCUGCAAAUGAGUACACUUAUGGAGGAAUUGAUAAACACGGUCGUCUCCUGUGUACAUCCAUCAAAUCGACUGGCUGCUUACCGAAAAUCUCUGAUACGGAGUGCCGUACUGUCAGAAAGGCUCUGGACCAGUAUCAUUAAAGAAUUUAGAUUGGUCAGUUCUCGGCUUAAAAAACCGCGGCUGCUUGAAGCCUCCAUACCCACUCCAGUGCUUCCUACAUCAUUGUCCGUCCCAGAAGAUAGAAGAUACUGA